UGCAGUCGUCGGAGAGUCGUCGUUCGUGUCGGUUGUUGAUUCUUCCCCUCAAAAUGCAAUUAAGAAGUACACUGAACAUCUUCCUUCUGAGUCUGGUGGCUCUUCAGCAGCUGGACUUGGGUGCUGGCUCCCGCAUCCUGGCUGCCUUUAUCUUUCCGGGAAAGAGUCACUUCAUGAUGACCAAUGCCAUCAUAAGGGAACUGGUGAAACGAGGUCAUGAGGUCACCUUCAUCACUCCGUUCUCUUUGGCAAAGGAAAAUCUAGGACCCAACUACAAGGAAAUUGUGAUUCGGCAGUACGAUUUUUGGCCAGAGAUCAAGGAAAUGACCCAGAAGAGCACCGUUCUGGAGAUGGCCGAUAUAGACAACCUGAGCUUCAUACGCAUGGUGAAUAUAAUGGGUAUCCACAGCACAGACUUUGCCUUUGAGCAGCCAGAGAUUCAGGCUUUAAUCAAUGCCAAGGAUAAGGUGGGGAAGUAUGAUCUCCUCCUGGCAGAGCAGUUCUUCAACGAGGGAGCCCUCAUCCUGGGACACCUCUAUCAAAUACCCACGAUCACCGUCUCCACCUUCGGUUAUGCCAACUACCUCAGCCAGAUGUUUGGAAUAGUCUCUCCCUGGUCCUAUGUUCCUCACUCCUAUAUGACUUACACUGACAAGAUGUCCCUUUGGGAACGAAUUCAUAAUGUGGCCUUAUGCGGCGCCGAGGAUCUCAUGAGGGAGUUCUCAUACUACCCGAAGCAGGACGCCGUUCUCAAGAAGCACUUCGCCAAUAAGCUUGAUAGAGUUCCAACCAUCAAGGAGCUGGAGAGAAAUAUUUCAGUCAUUCUGCUGAACAGUUACAUGCCACUCUUUUCGCCCAGACCCACUUCCUACAACAUGAUUCAAGUCGGUGGACUGCACAUCCAGCCAACCAAGGCGUUGCCCGAGGAUCUGAAGCAGUUCCUGGAUGGAGCCACCGAUGGAGCUAUAUACUUCAGUCUGGGCUCCCAAGUGCGAAGUGCUGAUCUACCGCCGGAGAAACUUAAAGUAUUCCUCAAUGUCUUCGGUAGUCUGAAGCAGCGGGUUCUGUGGAAGUUCGAGGAUGAGAAACUGCCCAAUCUGCCAGCCAAUGUGAAGGUGCAAAGCUGGUUGCCUCAGGGAGACAUCCUGGCCCAUCCUAAUGUCAAAGUAUUUAUCGCCCACGGAGGACUCUUUGGCACCCAGGAAGCAGUGUACAAUGGAGUUCCCGUCCUGGGAAUGCCCGUCUACUGUGAUCAGCACCAGAACAUCAAUCAGGGCAAGAAGGCGGGCUAUGCCUUGGGUCUGGACUACCGUACAGUCACGGAGGAAAAGCUCAGGGGACUGCUGCUAGAGUUGAUCGAUAAUCCCAAGUACAGGAACAAUAUGAAGCAGGCGUCUAAAGUAUUCCGUGAUCGCCCCCUCAAAGCCAUGGAUACGGCAAUGUACUGGAUAAACUAUGUGAUCGAGCACCGGGGAGCUCCUCACAUAGUCUCCGCUGGAGUACAGCUGCCCUGGUAUCAGUUCUACCUCCUGGACAUUGUGGGAUUAGCCUUGGUCCUCAUCCUGCUGCCCCUUCUGCUGCUGGUCUGUCUAUGCCGCAGAAGCUCGAAGCCCUCAGGAAACCCCAAGAAGAAAACCAAAAAGAAUUAGAAGCUAAGAUUGUUGGUGUGUUAACUAGAGAGAAUUUUGUAUAAUAGAAGCUUGAUAUACAUUUUUGGUAUUAGAAAUCUAAUUGAAAUUGUGAAACAGUAAAAACCCAAUAGCAAACUUUUCAGCAAAUCAAGAACGUUACUCGAAGAGUAAAAUAAUAAAAGAAAAGCCUGCAGCAUUUCAUUUCAUUUACAUUUAAAUUUAAAUACAUAAGUAUGUAUAAAUCUAUUUGAGCAGAAUGCCAAAUUCGCAUAUGUAUAUUAUGAUAAUUAAACGCGAAUAUAAAUUUUCGCAAAAAUAAAAACCGGAAUGCAUCA